CCUUAGACAAAGAUGAUCUAUUUCAGUGUCUGGACUGUAUAUCUGACUCAACUACACUGCAGUAUGGGGCAAUUUAACCUUUACCCCCGUCUCAUGAUGAGCUGGCACCGGAAGUAGGAAGUAACUAGCUAGGAAGUCUUCAAGAAAGCAUUGUUCCUAGCUAGCGCUCAAGCAAACUACGCGUCGGGUAUUUUUUAUUUAAAUACCUCAGCGGUCGAGAGCCCUCUAGGAAGACCAGUCUCCGUGCACCCAAUAAUUGAAGUAUUUUAGAAUCUUAUCUGAUCAACAUGAGUCUACAGUGGACGGCGGUGGCCACGUUCCUUUAUGCUGAGGUCUUCUUUGUGUUGCUUCUGUGUGUGCCCUUCAUCUCCCCCAAGAGAUGGAGUAAGAUCUUCAAAUCUCGUCUGGUUCAAACUAUUGCAUAUUAUGGAAACACCUCCUUCAUGGUAGCCAUUGCCAUUUUAGUCUUCUUACUAAUCGAUGCGUUCAGGGAGGUACGGAAGUACAGUGUGACUGAGAAGGUGGACCUGACCAACAACCCAGUGGCCGUAGAUCACAUUCACAUGAAGCUGUUCAGGGCCCAGAGGAAUGAGUACAUUGCUGGCUUCGCCCUGCUCCUAUGUGUGUUGCUGAGGCGGCUGGCCACCCUGCUCUCUCAGCAGGCCACUUUGAUGGCUUCCAACGAGGCCUUCAAGAAGCAAGCCGAGGGGGCCAGUGAUGCUGCCAAGAAGUACAUGCAGGAGAAUGAGGAACUGCAGGCGAAACUGAAGGAUGCCGGCGUCGCUGUCCCAGAGGUGGGCAAGAAGCCGUCUGGCGUUGGAGUACAGGAGGAGAACAAGACGUUGAAGGCAGAGGUUCGCUCUCUGAAGGAUGAGCUGGAAGCCACCAAGAAAGUCCUCCAGAAGUCUGACGGUGACGUGAAGGCAAUGAAGAAGCAGGCUGAGAACCUGACGGUGGAGUAUGACCGCCUGCUCAACGAACAUUCCAAGCUGCAGGCAAGCAGUGAUGCUCAAUCGCAGGACAAAAAGUCUAACUGAUCGGGAGAGGAGUGUUGACGUGUUCAUACAUCCACCGUCAAUAACAGCCACCCACCACCACUGCUUUGCACAGGAAGUCACUAGGUGCUGAAUGUGCAGACCUGCUGGAGGAGGAUUCGGUUUAUCUGCCUUUAAAGCCUCGCUACUCUGAUUUGUUGUGGAGCACAAUGGAUAGCAAUGUUUUUGUUUGGUUUGCCUCCGUUUGUGAAACCACCAUAUACUUUAUCUGUGUUAGCCAUUUUCAUUCCAUUUGAAAUUAAAUGAACGAAUUGCACAUCUGAACAGAUGAUCCUGUGCCUCUUUGAAUUUGAGAAGGCUAUGUCCCCCGUUGUAAGUCUGAUUUUAGUUGUUCAACCAAUGUAUCUAUUCUGAGGGGACCAGGUAAGAGUUGUUGAGGUGACAUUUAUUCAGAUGAUAUCUGAAAGAAAAUAUGGAGUUGGGAGUCACCUUUGGACUUACUGUAAGGUGUGGUUAAACAUCUUAUUCCAUGAGUGUCACUAUUUCUAUUUGUUAAUUCUUCAUUCUUGUAUUAAAUAUGAUCUGUUAGGAUGUGUUGCCUGUUACUCAUUAGGCCCAUGAGACAGACAGUACUGUCAUUAAGUGCGUUGUAUUGUAUUGGUGGGAAUCUGCAUAUGCUACUCUGAUAGAAAGCGCUUUCAUCUUUACUCCCAGGCCCAUUUCAUACCUUUGGCUGAACGAAUCUGGGAUUUAGCAUGUCUUGUGUUCUCUGAAGCCCUUAUCCUCUUGAUUUGUUAGAAAAUUAUAACUUGUUCCCUUUACCUCGUCUGACUGCACACUUCUGUAUCGGUGUGACCGACUUGCACCACUCAUGUCUGGUUUUAAAACACUGAGUCUGCAUAACCUGAUAUGAGACGCGCUCUACUGGAAUGUAGGGCUUCAUCAUGGCGUCCUUCCAUUUGAAGUCAGUUUGCCUCUAAUCUCAUUGGUUGAGAUGGCAUUUAAAAACACGGUUGGUUCAGUCUUUCAAAUGUUAUUAGACACAGAAGGUGAUAUUGUUUAUUAAACUUCUUUGCGAUCUCACACACUCUGCCUUUUUCUUUCCUGUUUUCCCACUUGCUGAUCAUGGAAUGGUCUACUUGGAGCGCUUCACCCACUGAGAAAUGGCCAUUACAUUUUAAUCGGAGGGAAAAUUAAUAAACUGCAUAACAAGCUUUCCCUGCCUCCUAGAUACAAUUUGAACAGUGAGGGCUGUAAAUAAAUCCCUCAUUAAGCAGCAACCUAAGAAUUGUGGAACUUGUCACUUAUUAAAUAAUCAACCGGCCUUUCACCAGGCGACAGUGGAAUAUAUAGCCUGGCAACUUCUGCUGAAAUGAGUGCUUUGGAUCAUCUGAGGAAUUACAUCAUGAAUUGUUGCACCUGGUAAAAAUAGGGUCACUGUCAUGGCCCCUCUGACCUUUAGGGCAGAUGGGAACCUGUCUAGUUUGUGAUAUUAACAUGCCUAAGAACAAGCAUGAGCACACUAUUCAUCCAUGUUUACAAGUAAUAUCAGUGUUUUUAGUUACCUUCAUCUAUAAUGCGUAAUUUACAAGGUUACCGAGCAGCCCUAGUAGUCGAGAGAGCGUUAUUUUGCUUUCAUCUAUUUUCUUAUGGGCGAGGGUUUUGUUUUGGUUUGUUGAACUAUUUACAGUAGGUUGUAGACGUCUGUAAGCCAUCUGAUUUUUACACGGCACAUGUUUUCCUCAUGACCAUAUUGUUAAUAGUUUGUUCCGUUUUUUCAGACACUGGUGAUAUUCCUUAGUCCAAGGGCUAUUGAAAUGUAUAUUCUCAACAGAAAAGAUGUCUUACAGGUUUUGCAGAUAUUGUCCAUCUUGCUGUACAGCCAUUGACGUUUGACGUUAUAUAUUUUUAUUCUAUUACACAUAAUUUGGUAGCCUUAAAUGGGAUGUAAUUUAACUAUGACUUAUUUUUGCAUGCUGACUUUCUCACAGGAAAACUGCAUUAAAUCAUAUGAUCUUCUACUGUCCUUUCAAGAAAUGUUGGUUAAUUAUGUCACAUCAAUGUUUUCCCCUUGUCUUGGAGGGAAGGAGUUUUAUGUUUCAUUAUAACUCAAUUUAUUUACCUUGAUUACAGCAUCUCUGUUUGCAGUCAACUACAUGUAUGAGCAUGGUAAAUGCUGUUGGUGUGUAAAGCAAAAUAAAGCUAUUUCUCAACAAUG